UCGCAGCGCAAUCACUUGGCAACUACUGACGCUCGGAAGCGGUCGAUACUCUGGCACUUUUUCCUCACUCCGUGUGUGUGGCAGCUCUAUUUCUCACGCAUUUGCACAAUAGUUAUAUUUGCUAAUUUUUCCCGUUAUCAUGGUCAACGGUAAGGUGCUAAUCUACGGCGGACGUGGCGCCCUCGGCGCAACCUGUGUCCAGUACUUUAAGAACAACAACUGGUGGGUUGGCUGUAUCGAUCUGGCGGAGAAUGAGUCGGCGGAUUGCAACAUCGUGGUCGAGCGUGACGCCGACUGGGUGACCCAGGAGCAGGGCGUCCUCUCGAAGGUGGAGUCCUCGCUGAAUGGGGACAAGUUGGAUGCGGUCAUCUGCGUUGCGGGAGGUUGGGCCGGCGGCAAUGCCAAGAAGGACCUCGCCAAGAACUCCGACCUGAUGUGGAAGCAGUCGGUGUGGUCGUCGGCCAUUUCGGCCACCGUCAGCGCCAACCACCUCAAGGCAGGAGGUCUGCUCGCCCUGACCGGAGCCAACCCGGCCCUCGCCGGAACGCCCGGCAUGAUCGGGUACGGAAUGGCCAAGGCUGCCGUCCACCAGCUGACCAAGAGUCUCGCCGGCAAGGAUUCCGGCCUGCCGGAGAACGCGCUGGUAGUUUCGAUCCUGCCCAUCACGCUCGAUACGCCCAUGAACCGCAAGUGGAUGCCGAACGCCGACUUUGGAACGUGGACGCCGCUGGAGUUCAUUGCCGAACUGUUCCACAAGUGGACCACCGGCUCGGACCGCCCCACCAACGGAAGUCUCGUCAAGCUGGUCACCGAGAACGCCAAGACCGAGCUCGUGUUUGCCGAAUAAGUUGUUGACUGAGUGCUUUUUGUUGUUUUUGUUAGAAUCUCUAUUU